AUGUCCUUGCUGACGACUUUGCCAUUUCAAAAAUCUUCCUCCACCCUUCCAUUAGACCGUACUUCUGAAAUCAUUAUGCUCUUGUUGGCAAGGGCUGGACUUCGUCCUCUGCUUGGACCAACACGGCGGAUGCAUGAGGAGUGGAGAGAGCCCGCAUCCGGCGGAAGCAAGGCAGGGGGUCAGAUAGCACCAUGGUGCCCUGCCCGCGUCACCGUUAAGCCAGGCAGCAAGCCAGCAACUCGUGUCGGCGACCCUCCUGCGGCAACGUAG